CCGAUAAGAGCGCCGGAGCCGAGCCUUUUCCACAGGUCAACAGUGCAAUUGAACUUGAAUCUGUUUGGUUUUUCUAUCAGACACCUGUUGGUCUGAAGUGUUUGUGUUAGAAAAGCUAUAAUACAGCUCCCUGCGGCCCCGCGUGCACACACAGCACGCAGCCAUGGCCGCUCUCAGGACUCUGGCUCUUCUCUCUCUGAUGGUUGGUGUUUCCACCGCUCUGGACAUGGACUGCUCCUACUUUGGUCUUCUGGAUCACUUAAACGUUUCAAGAGACAACCACGCGCUUGCAGACGUGCGGCCGGUAAAAAACUGGACCACCCCCACGCGGGUUCAGGCGGACCUUGUGAUUUUUGGUAUCCUCAAUGUGGAUGAGAAGGCUCAAACUUUAACCACACAGUCCUGGAGCACAAUGGCCUGGAAAAAUGAAUUCCUAACUUGGAACCCAUCAGACUUUUGUGGGAUCGACAAGCUGUUUGUUCAGAGAGAAAUGCUCUGGAUGCCAGAUAUCAUCAUCGUAGAGGAUGUUUCUGACACGGGGAGCGUCAGAAGGAGUCUGCAUGCCACUGUGUCGUCUGACGGCGUGGUGUCCGUCGGUCAAGCUCACCGGCUCACCACCACCUGCCAGAUGGAGCUGUACAGGUUCCCCUUUGAUACGCAAACCUGUAACAUCACCUUUACAUCCGUAACUGAGAUUGAAGGCACAGUGCUCGAAAUGGCCUCCAACGGCUCCGUCCUCACCAAGUACUCCGAGAGCCUGAUGAUCACGCAGGGAGAGUGGAGCCUCGGCAGCAUCAAAAUUUCCAAAGUGAACGUUAAGGCAAAUUACACUCACCAGCUGUCUUACCAGGUGACCAUAGAGAGGAGGCCGCUGCUGUACGUCAUGAACCUCCUGCUCCCGCUCCUCUAUUUCCUCGUCCUGGACGUCGCCUCCUUCUUCAUCUUUGAGGCCAGAGGGGAGAAGCUGAACUUCAAAGUGACCAUCCUGCUAUCCUUCUCUGUCUUACUGCUGAUUCUUCAAGACAUCCUGCCCUCCACCACAGACACGCUGCCGCUGAUAGCUCUUUACUGCAUUGUGAUCUUCACCCUGGUGUGGAUCAGCGUCCUGGAGGCCAUGCUGGUGAACUUCCUCUUCGACCUGGACAAGGCUAAGCGCGCCACCUGCAGCGGUGUGCACACUCCGGCAGAAACCAGAAUUUUGGUGCCAGAAGAAUCUGCUGGUGAGGCAGAGAAAGCUGAGGAGAAGCCAGGGAAGUACCAGCUGAGUCUGAGGUGGCCCAGUGACGUCGUCCUGCUGAAACUGAUCCUGGAGGAAGUGAAGGUGGCUCGCCAGGAGUAUGACUCCACCGUCAGAGAGGAGCAAGAGAGAAACCAGCCGGGAUCCUAUGAAAAAGUGGCCAGAAUCAUAGACUCUGUGUUCUUUGUCACCUAUGUUGUGGUCAAUGUAGGAUUUCUGGUGUACAUGCAUAAUGCAUGGCUUGUCAAAUAAUGUUUAUAUGAACAGCUCGUGUGUAAAUAUGAUGCAUUGAUGGUGUGGGUUUUGUAAAACUUAUGUCCAUAUCUCAUUAUUAGCAUGGUCUUUCUUGUAGUUCAGCAUUUUGUCAAUAAACAUACCUUUUUAUCUGCGGAAUAGCAUUUACCCACCUGCA